GGAACUUUUAAUAGUCGGACACAAAAAGAAUGGACGACGUACCAGCGAACGCAAAUGAGCACUGUCCAGGUACCAGGAGUGAGCAGGCUGGGAAGUCUUCAUCAUGUCAGGGUUGUCCUAAUCAGAAACUGUGUGCAUCUGGCGCUACCAAGGCCCCAGAUCCAGCAAUUAAAGAAAUAGGAUCAAAACUGUCCAUGGUCAAACACAAGAUCCUGGUGCUGUCUGGGAAAGGAGGCGUGGGGAAGAGUACGUUCAGUGCUCACCUGGCACACGCCUUGGCAAAUGAUGAGACCAAGGAGGUUGCUCUUUUGGAUGUCGACAUUUGUGGUCCAUCCAUUCCUAGAAUCAUGGGUUUGGAGGGAGAGCAAGUACACCAGAGCGGAUCGGGCUGGUCCCCUGUGUAUGUGGAAGACAACCUAGCUGUCAUGUCUAUUGGCUUCCUCCUCAGCAGUCCUGAUGAUGCUGUAAUCUGGAGAGGCCCCAAGAAAAAUGGAAUGAUCAAACAGUUUCUGAGGGAUGUGGAUUGGGGGGAACUGGAUUACCUGGUAAUUGACACACCCCCUGGCACUUCUGACGAGCACCUGUCAGUUGUACAGUACCUAAGCUCAACCCAUGUGGACGGAGCUGUCAUAAUCACCACACCACAGGAGGUGUCCUUGCAAGACGUUCGAAAAGAAAUCCGCUUCUGUCAGAAGGUUAAACUACCAAUUAUCGGAGUGGUGGAAAACAUGAGUGGCUUUGUGUGUCCAAAUUGCAAGAACACAUCUCAGAUCUUCCCUCCUACUAGUGGGGGUGCUGAGACGAUGUGUGCUAACCUAAAUCUGCCAUUGCUUGGUAAAGUGCCUCUCGAUCCAAGGAUAGCCAAAAGCUGCGAUGAAGGAAAGUCUUUCCUCAACGCGAUACCGGACUCUCCUGCUGCUGAAGUCUACAAAAGAAUUGUGCAGAGCAUCAAGGACUAUUGUUACGACCAAGCUCCAGAUGAGCAAGAAAAUGCUUGAAGCUGCUUUUAUGGCAGUUUUCCCAAGUAAAGGCAUGAUUCCAUUUUGAAACACACCUCAAGUAGGAAAGACUACUUAAUGUUAUCAACCAGCCACCAAGUGGUUCUUUGUUGAAAUGUGCAGGUUUUCAUUUCAUUCCCUUUCACAACAGUAUUGUUGAGUCAGAAAAUAAAUCUUUAAAUGAAAAUCGUUUUAAUAAUGUGGUUUCAAUUGUUACUUUGUAAUGGUAUAUCUUGCUCAAAAAUAAAGGGAACAUUUGGAAACAUCAGUGCACCC